AUGUCAAUUGCAUCAGUAAAAGAGCGUUUUGAACAGAUCAGCAUUGUCACAAAGGUUAAUGACUUUCUUUACCAAUCUGAAAGUCUUAUCAAAGCCUGUAAUGAAAAUUCUUUGUCUAUAUAUUGCAAAAGUUUGCAAAUGAAGCUUGGUGAUAUUGAUUUUGAGGAUUUAGAAAUGGAAUACAAUAUACAUAUAUUAGAAGAUGUCGGUCCCAUAGGUUUAUCAUUAAUGGUAGUAAUAGCAGAGAGUUUUCUGCAACAUUAUGAAGAAAAAGCUUUAAUACAGGCACAAUAUCUUACACCACCAAUAUGUGUAAAAUCAUUCAAAAGGUAUGUUGACGAUAUCCAUUCCCGUUUUAAAAAUGAGGCAGAAUCAGAACGUUUUCUUGACUUGUUAAACAACCAACACACAAAGAGCCAAAAUACGAUUAAAACAUCUGCUGCUACGGCAAGCUAUAAUACGAUUAAAACAUCUGCUGCUACGGCAAGCUAUAAUACGAUUAAAACAUCUGCUGCUACGGCAAGCUAUAAUACGAUUAAAACAUCUGCUGCUACGGCAAGCUAUAAUACGAUUAAAACAUCUGCUGCUACGGCAAGCUAUAAUACGAUUAAAACAUCUGCUGCUACGGCAAGCUAUAAUACGAUUAAAACAUCUGCUGCUACGGCAAGCUAUAAUACGAUUAAAACAUCUGCUGCUACGGCAAGCUAUAAUACGAUUAAAACAUCUGCUGCUACGGCAAGCUAUAAUACGAUUAAAACAUCUGCUGCUACGGCAAGCUAUAAUACGAUUAAAACAUCUGCUGCUACGGCAAGCUAUAAUACGAUUAAAACAUCUGCUGCUACGGCAAGCUAUAAUACGAUUAAAACAUCUGCUGCUACGGCAAGCUAUAAUACGAUUAAAACAUCUGCUGCUACGGCAAGCUAUAAUACGAUUAAAACAUCUGCUGCUACGGCAAGCUAUAAUACGAUUAAAACAUCUGCUGCUACGGCAAGCUAUAAUACGAUUAAAACAUCUGCUGCUACGGCAAGCUAUAAUACGAUUAAAACAUCUGCUGCUACGGCAAGCUAUAAUACGAUUAAAACAUCUGCUGCUACGGCAAGCUAUAAUACGAUUAAAACAUCUGCUGCUACGGCAAGCUAUAAUACGAUUAAAACAUCUGCUGCUACGGCAAGCUAUAAUACGAUUAAAACAUCUGCUGCUACGGCAAGCUAUAAUACGAUUAAAACAUCUGCUGCUACGGCAAGCUAUAAUACGAUUAAAACAUCUGCUGCUACGGCAAGCUAUAAUACGAUUAAAACAUCUGCUGCUACGGCAAGCUAUAAUACGAUUAAAACAUCUGCUGCUACGGCAAGCUAUAAUACGAUUAAAACAUCUGCUGCUACGGCAAGCUAUAAUACGAUUAAAACAUCUGCUGCUACGGCAAGCUAUAAUACGAUUAAAACAUCUGCUGCUACGGCAAGCCAAAAUACGAUUAAAACAUCUGCUGCUACGGCUAUAAUCGGAAAACGCUUUUUGAUAGUCUAAAGCAAAUUUUUGCCGCUGGAAAAUAAGAUCUUCUACACCCUGGAACACUUGGAGAAGUAUAGAAGUAGUUUUAUAUUCAAACAUCUCAGCUGUGUCUACUAGGUUUUUUUGUAUAAUGACAGAAAUGAUAAACACCAGUGCAUGAUGAAAAGGACGCAAAUACACAAAUUAAUUCCACGAGGUGCACAAAUUUGUGAAACUGGUUUUUCCUGUAUAGUCUUCAACAAUGCUAAAGAAUUCAGGAGAGUGUUGAUCUAUACAUCAUUGUUGGUUACGAACUGCCAUAAAACGAUAUUAAUUUUGCAUAAAAUAACUCGGUACAGAAAAUUUAAGUCGAUUCAAAAAUAAAUUAUACUGGUGAAAACGUUAAAGAAAGAUACCCGAAACAAUUUCGUAUAGUUGUAGAAAAAUUAAAAAAGCCAUUGCAAAAUACUUUGUUGACACAGCUGUAAACGAUUCCAAUCAGAUGGAACUUGAUCUAAAACGUAAAUAUUUAAACAGUUAAACUGUGCCUAGUUUUAUAUUGUAGAGUUUUAUCACUCACUGAGGAUCAAUCUAGUCUAAGUUGACUUGUACUUGUAAUUUGUAAUGCUCAUAUAUGUAAUAAUAUUGUAUGUAAUUUGUAAGCAACAGAAAAAAAAUUUAGUCUAUCAAA